CCAUACACUUCCAGACUUCUCUAUGAAUGCAAUGCUGGGACAACGGUAUCCAUUCGUCCCAGUUGUUGGGUCUUUUCCGUGCGUACCGGUGAAACCCGCGGAGAACCAGAUGGGCAACCCCGAGACCUGCAUCCAGCCUGGCUUCAGGAUAGAAAAUGGUAAAGCUGCGCCGCUCGUGAAACUGAGAACACGUGAAGCAGAGACCGAGGUUGAGGAUGACCCAGUGAUUCACAUUGAAGCUAAAGAUUUGUGGGAGCAAUUCCAUACAUUUGGAACUGAAAUGGUGAUCACAAAAUCCGGAAGACGAAUGUUCCCACCAUUUAAAGUAAGAUGCUCUGGCUUCGACAAGAAAGCAAGUUAUAUUUUAUUAAUGGACAUUGUGGCAUCAGACGACUGCAGAUACAAAUUCCAUAACUCUCGCUGGAUGGUGGCUGGGAAAGCGGACCCAGAGAUGCCCAAGCGCAUGUACAUUCAUCCGGAUAGUCCAUCCACAGGAGAACACUGGAUGUCCAAAACAAUCAGUUUUCAUAAACUGAAGUUGACCAAUAAUAUGUCUGACAAGCAUGGAUUUACGAUUCUAAACUCCAUGCACAAGUAUCAGCCCAGGUUUCAUGUUGUGCGGGCAAAUGACAUACUGAAACUUCCAUAUAGUACCUUCAGGACAUAUGUCUUUCCGGAAACAGAAUUUAUUGCUGUGACUGCAUAUCAAAAUGACAAGAUAACGCAACUGAAGAUUGAUAAUAAUCCAUUUGCAAAAGGAUUUCGUGACACUGGAAAUGGAAGAAGAGAGAAAAGGAAACAAUUAUUUUUGAAGACAGCGCGCUCUAGUAACCUUGAUUCCCCAAAAGACAACGACGUUUCCACUGCAGCGGAUCGCACAAUACCCACUUCUCCACAAACAAGACAUGUGGUCACAUCCACGUUAAAAGAAAAUAGUGACAGCGAAGCUGGUAGCGAUGAAGAUGAGAAGGGUCUUGCAGUCGAGGAUGGUGUAGACCCAUUUGAAGUAUCCACAACCACAGAAACUCCACAUUUAAAUAACGAGCCAAAUGCUAAGCACGACGUCAGCACCCAAAGACUUCCAUCUGAGACAAAGUUUGAGAAACAGACAGAGAAUCUUGACGGGUCUCGGACUUCCUCCCUGUGCAAGUUUUCUACCUUACCCCUAUGUGACUACCGCAGCGGUGGCCUCAUCCUGGGUACACCGACUUCACUUCAUGAAUACAUGGGGGCAUCGCCCGAGGAGCAAGCCCUAUUCUCUCCCAAUAAAAGUUCCCAGGAGCGCUACUCCUAA